GUCAUGAACAUUCUCCGGAUCUCAUUCUCGUCUCUUCCAUUGUUGAAAACACUACCCCAUCCUCCGACUCCGAAACCGGCCAUUAUCGCCGCGAAAUCUCCUCGCCAUCAAGUUUUCCGUCGCUUCCUGAUCAUGAAUUCGAGCUCGAAGCUUGAUUCUAGACCCUCCUCCUCCUUGGCAUGCCAGGUUCCGGGGCUAGAAUCGGAAGAGAUGGACCGGAUUGCCGAACAAAUGUUCCGGCGGUAUUCGUCUCCUUCGUCGUCGGGUAUCAAGAGAGGGAAGGGAGUCGCCAUUGUUUGGUUCAGAAAUGACCUCCGUCUGCUAGACAAUGAGGCUCUGUAUAAGGCGUGGAUUUCGUCCGAGGCUGUCUUGCCGGUUUAUUGUGUCGAUCCUCGACUUUUUGGUUCUACCUGCUACUUCGGGUUUCCUAAACCUGGAGCCUUGAGAGCACAAUUUCUUGUUGAAUGCUUGUCUGACUUGAAAAGGAACUUAAUGAACCGAGGCCUUAACUUACUUAUUGAACACGGGAAGCCCGAAGAAAUUCUCCCUUCUCUUGCAAAAGCUCUUGGUGCCCACACAGUAUAUGCUCAAAUGGAAACUUGUAGUGAGGAACUGUACGUUGAAAGAAUGGUGAGCAAAGGUCUCAAAACUGUGGUGUUGUCACCAUCCUCACAGAAGUCCGCCAAACCAAGUUCUGCCGGUAGCCCUAGUUUCCAACUUGUUUGGGGCACCACUAUGUACCACAUAGAUGACCUGCCAUUCGACACCAACAGUUUGCCUGAUGUCUAUACACAAUUUCGUAAAUCUGUUGAAGCCAAAUGUGCAAUCCGAGAUUGCAUUAGACUUCCAACUCUUCUUGGGCCUCCAGCAAGCAUCGACGAUUGGGGAUGUGUUCCUUCAUUAGAUAAGCUGGGGCUUCAAUCUCCAAGUGUUGUCAAGGGCAUGAAGUUUAUUGGCGGUGAGAGCGCAGCUCUCUCCAGAAUUUAUGAGUACUUUUGGAAGAAGGAUUUACUACGGAUUUAUAAGGAUACGAGGAAUGGGAUGUUAGGACCUGAUUAUUCUACAAAAUUCUCUCCAUGGCUUGCUUCUGGAAGCAUUUCACCUCGUCUCAUACAUGAAGAGGUAAGGAGAUAUGAGAGGGAGAGGGAAGCAAAUCAAUCUACUUACUGGAUUUUGUUUGAAUUGAUAUGGAGGGAUUACUUCAGGUUUCUUUCAGUCAAAUAUGGCAAUUCUCUUUUUCAUCUAGGUGGCCCAAGAAAAGUGGAGAUGAAAUGGAAUCAAGACAAAAGUUUGUUUGAAUCUUGGAGAGAUGGACGUACAGGGUACCCUCUUAUAGAUGCAAAUAUGAAAGAAUUAUCAACAACUGGGUUCAUGUCAAAUCGGGGACGGCAGAUCGUAUGUUCCUUCCUUGUUCGAGAUAUGGGUAUUGACUGGCGAAUGGGAGCUGAAUGGUUUGAGACAUGCCUUCUCGAUUAUGACCCUUGCUCCAAUUAUGGAAAUUGGACUUAUGGAGCUGGAGUUGGGAAUGACCCGAGAGAAGAUCGCUACUUCAGUAUCCCCAAGCAAGCACAGACAUACGAUCCCGAGGGCGAAUACGUGGCGUAUUGGUUGCCCGAACUACGAAAGUUACCCAAAGACAAGAGGCACUUCCCUGGGAAAAUGUUGUACAUAGAACAAGUUGUAGCUCUAAAGUUUGGGAAUGCUGGAAGGCCCCAAAGCCAGGAUUCUGCAAGAAGAAAAAACUUUGGUGGGAGACCAGCAAAGGACUUUAGAAGAUGACACUUUUUGUUUAACUUGGUGUCCUUUGGCUUCUCCCAACUUGUCAACUAAAAUUAUUAUAUAGGAAAAUCAGACGGCUCUGAUAGUUGGAAAUGUCAAAGCCUACGAUCCAAUCAUAAUUAAUUAAUUAUAGAUUUAAAAAUACUUUUGAAUACUUACGUUUUUAUUUUAUUGGACUAACGAUUUAGUUUUCGAACAUUAGUUUGUAAUCAUUUAGCCUUUAUACUUUAAGAAUGGGAACAAUUUAGUUCA